AUGGCAGACCCCACCAACUCGCAUGGGCGCGGAGCCCAGAACUUUCGCAUGUACAGUCGCACGAAUACUGAGACCUACUUUAGCCCUUCCUCGUCAAAUCCUCGCAGUCCGCUUUCGCCAGGCAGCAGUGGCGGUACCCCGAUCUCUUUUCAACCAAAUGUGAAUCGCUCCAAGACGAAACGAUGGGUGGAAGCCAAACAAUAUUCGUAUGACGGAGGCGAUUGGGGCGAUGAGGAGGAGGACGAGGAGGAAGAGGAAGAGGCGCCUCCAGUACCUCGGCCUCCUUAUGCCACCCACAAUACUGGCAGUUCCUCCGAUUUAGCCUCGAGGCGUUUGUCUGGCCUCACAGCUGCAGCUGAUGAGCGGGCUUCAGCCGAUGGCAAGGGAAGCAAUCCUAAUAUAGCCGAGAAGCCGCUCCCGUUUGUAAGGCCAGCUGACCUCUACAAACGGAUGCGCGAGGAGCAAGCGGCUCAGCAAUCUCCUCCUCCUGAAAGCAAAGUUCCCCAGCUUAAUAGCUUUGGGAAUUCCACUCAACAAACCCAACAACCUCCUUUGGGUCUACCCGAAGUCAAGCGCGUGUCUGCCUUCGGUACCGACUUUUUGAACGGGUCCAAUUCUAUCCCGCAAUAUACCCCUACACAUCAAGACUCUUCAUCGGGGUUCCAAUCAGUGGUUCAGCAGGCCUUUGAUGUCCCAGAAACCCCACAAUCCACCACCACUAGUGUCGCACGGUCAAACAGUGACGGCACUUCAACGAUCAGCCCUAUCAUCGGCGGUCGUAGCAUGACUGACGAUAGAACCCCGACGAUUCCCGAAGAGCCUAAUGAGCCGAGCCCGAAGGCAACUGCGACUGCGGCGCCAGUGAUUAACCCUGGCCAUCGCAGGGAUCUGAGUCUUCCUGGUUCCGACAACAGUCCUUCAAGGAAACCACAAAUUACAGACCUGGAUACCCCAACGGCGGGCCAUGCAGAAUUGGCUUCCGUUUCAACUCAGGACCUGACCCCGCAGGCAAGCGACGCUGGUAGUACUCCUCAGAAUCCAUCGAUGCAGCCAUACUCCAACGAAGAGGCAGAUCGGCCUGCUCCUCUCAAGUUCGGAAACACAUCCGGCCCUGAAAAUGUCCAUGGCGAAAUACCUACCAUCAGAGGCGCUGAAGACUCGCCACAGAAUGCCGACAAUGAUCGUUUGAGGGAGGAAAUCAUUCGGUCAUUGAGCCGGGAAGCCACUCCUUCCGAAGACCCGGGGCAGAGCGGUCAACCCCAGCCGCAGGCACCCGCCGCCUCCAUCCCGCAACAAUUCGAAAAGUAUUGGGAUGGCCAGACUGGGCCUGGUCCGAAUGGAGCGCCUGAGGCUAUGGUCACUGAGAAUCAUCCAGACUGGACCGGCCAGCAUCCGUUGGCGUCCAAGGACCCUUAUUCCCAGAGUCCGGGUGAGGCCGGUAAAUCCUCUUCCGCUAUCUUUAAUCUGCCAAAGAAGCCCAAGUUAGAAAGACGGUUUUCCUGGGAAUCCUCCGACGAUGAGGAACCAGAACCCCAAAUUCCUGGCAGUCAUUCAUCGCCCCCUCCUGUGGGCACGUCACUAUCCAUGCAAGAGCCUCAGCCCAUCGCUGAUGAGGCUGCUCCAUUACCCUCGGAUGCGCCGCAGGAAGCGCAUGCUUCUGAUAUUGAAGGCUCUGAUGCCCAACCUACCGAAAAGCCUCGACUCUCAAUUGUACCGCCCGUUCCAGAGAAUAUCACACCACCGGAGCAAAUUGGGGGACCAGGAACUACGCCACCUCCACAAGUCCCAAUUCCCUCUAACGUUGGAACUAUCUCCCUCGACGAGUCUAAGCUCCUGGGCUUCCGUGACAUUCUCGGUAUCACCUCUAUAAACCAGCGCAUCAAGUCUUUUGAACACACUCGUGACCAGUUCGCUACCCUUGACACUGGUUUGACUCAAUGGCUGCAAUUCACAGUUCAGGAAAACCCUGAAUAUGCUGGCCUAGUCCAGCAAAACCAGAAUGUCUCCCCCAACUUGCAACAGCCGUCUCCUUCCAGAAGCAGGUUCCCUAAGUUGGGUUCUCUUGGGGCCCUCGGUUCCCUGAAUGACGGUACACCCACCAGCGCCACUCACAUAAGACGUCCGUCGGGCCAUAUUGGGACUGUGAUGAACAGGGAGAAAGUCGGAGAGAAAGGAAAGGAACUCCUUCACACUGCAGGCGCGUUUAGUGGCAAGGCGAGCGGCGCAGCUAAGGGGUUAUUUGCCAAGGGCAGAAGCAAGUUCCGACCCAGUGGUGGGCCUGACAAGGUUCAAUCAACGCCGAGUGCGUCUCGCCGCAGCUUUCAACUCUCGUUUCCCUCAGGGUCGGGUGAUGUGGCUGGUAAUUCUUCGUCCCUGCGCAACUCUGUCACGUUUGGCAGUCUGCCUAUCUUCAAGUCCGGGCGAACUGAAGCAAACUCUGUGCCCGGUCGGACGAGUGGUGAUGUCUCUCUAGAUAACCCACAAGAUGAAGAAAAUGCCCGCAACGCCCCCAGACCUGGGGAUGUUUCCCUGUCGCACAACCUUGAUGGCGAUUCGGCUGUGCAACCGACUCAAUUAGCAUCUCCGCCUGGGGUUCCUCCUAAGGCGGAUAAAUUUGACCACGCCCAAGGGUUCGAGCAGGAGAUGAUUGCUUCGUUUGGUCUUUCGCCAACGGAUCCUUCUUCUCGGAGAUCGGCAAGUACCCCCGUAGCGACCAGUUCGCAUACCCAGAUGCCUGGUGACAAAGGGCAAUUUAAAGAGCUGCCGCAUGAAUCAGCGGAACCCACGACUGGCAAUCGGUCUUCCUGUGAACCUUCAAUGAAACAGGCUCUGUACGCAGAGAAGAGUUUGCCGCUUGUUCCUAAUGAGCAUUCUGAUUCCUCUGCUUCAAGCAUGAACAAACAGACGCAUUGGCCAAGCAAGAGUACACCGGACAUAGUCACUACGUCAGCAAUUCCCGUGGUGGUGGAAGACACCAAGCCUCCACCUCCUCCAAAGGACAAUGGUCAUGGGCUUGCACCAGACGGGGGCCAUGAACGCCAACACUCCGUCUCAACACUCGGGCCUGACGAACAGACCGGAGGCCCGUCAGAAGCUGAUAACAACAGUGAUCCCCCGUCUCCUCUGCGAGAGACCAGUGAAGAGGUUCCUCCUAAAAUUGAAUGCAAGGAUGAACAUCUACACAAUGGCAAUUCCGUCCCAACUGGCAACGCUUCUAGUGCUGUCCUACCAAGUGCCCACAAGAAGAGGAAAUCUUUCAUACCGUUCUAUCCAUCAAAAUCCGCAAGCUCAACCGAGUCCCUCGAGUCGAGAAGAAAGUCAAUCAAUGGUCUGCCACCUUCUACUCCAGACGUGCAAAGUCCCUUGAGGAACGAAGUGAGGUACUCUCCAGGCUCCCGAAGCAGGAUGCUGCGCUUCGGCAAACACAGCGCCAAUGACAAGAGCUCGCGGCCGCUCACGCCUGCUAAAGAUCUAUCGCAAACUUCAGAGGCCGGUUCCUCCGUACAGGUGCAGAACGAGGAAUCCGCCAUCGGGAAGCUGAAGAGCUUCGGCAGACGACGUCGGUCUUCGGUGGGAGAUCUUCUCUCGAGCAUUCAGGGGCAGGGGUCUCAAGUGCCUGCUGCUCACGAACGGAAACGGUCAUUUGGCAGGAUUAGUGUACUAUUCGGUCGACAAGAUUCUCAAGAUCCCGAGAAAAGAUCUACCGAUGAUUCAAGGCGUGCUUCGGAACCGAUUAAGGCCAAAGACCUACCCAUGCGUCCAACUGGACAUGGAAAUGGAAAUGCAGAUACCUCCACUGCACAGGACGCAGCACCAGUCCUGAGCAGUCCAUUCGAAGCAAAUCAACCGAUGAUGUCUCCAGUACCACAAAACAACGAACAUCUACCGUCCAGCACUCCUGGACGUACCAGUAUAUCGCCCCAGCGUGCCAGUAUCUCCCUCCCACCAAGUUCAUCAUCCGCCUCCCUAUCAAGCGGUCGCUUCUACUCACAAUUUCGAUCCGCACCAACAAACGAACCCCCCACCAGCUCUCAACUCCUCCUCGCCCCACCUCUCCAAUCCCGAUCCCCAUCUCCAAUCUCACUCCACGAGAACCGGCUCUCGAAACCACUAUCACCGCUAGAGGAGAUCGAGUCACCAGACCCCUAUAUCCAACGCCAACUCCAGACCUCGGACCAGUAUCCCAGUCUUCAAGCAGAAAAUCAAGAUUCACAGCUCGGCACGCUGAACGAGAAUACGGAACAGGAAGAACGCGAAGAAGACAAGGUUGGCAAGGCCACCAUCUCGAAUGCAGGUAUAUCCGUAUCCGUAUCCUCGCACCCUCUACGCAGCGAAGAUCAAGUGCGUGUCGUCAAUGACUCGCAGCCGGUCGAACUAGCUAUCACGGCGGAUGAUUCCAGUGAGGAGAUUGUUAUGUCGCCGACGUCUUAUCCGGGACAGGAGUGGAGGCCUAUGUAUACUUGA